AUGUUGCCACCUCAUAAUCGAGCCCAGCCCUUCCUCGCGACCGCGAGUUCGACGUCGAGCAGCUGGCUCGUAUCUGGCCUCACGUGGGUGCUCGUGCUCGCGCUACACAACGCGGUCAGCGUGCACGCCUUCAUCCCCGCCCAGCCGGUCAACGAUACUAGUUCCUUCAAUCAGUCCCAGGAUCUCAUAACCGUUGCCUUCUACAAUGGUGUCUACCAGUCAGUUGCACAGGUUUUGGUCUGUUGCAAGGCCAGCUGCAGCCGCUGACUUUCUUUAUUCAACGCUGCUCGCGCCUCCGUGCCUCUCUUUGGUCACGCUUCUCACCAAUAACCGCCUGCCCCUGACCACUGCCAUCGCCGACGAUACAACCGCGAUCUCGCACGCAGAGCCCCCAUCUCGCGACAAUUGACGGCCGAAGCAUUCGAUGAUCAGGGCAACUACACCGAUAUUCCCACCAUCGUCAGCUGGACCCGCUUCUCAAAGGUACUUCGAUCAUUUGAUUUCGACCCUUUCGACUGACGCGCGCGCGCGUUAUCCCUUGUCGGCGUCCGCGACACCAAAUUAUGAGUGCCCCCCUGAUUCUGGGAAUAACGCGCUGACGCUUCCCCACUUCUCGCGCGCAGGGCGUCUUGGUUCAUUUCGACGAGGCCGAUCGGAAUCAAGGACCUUCGAACGUGCCUUGGAUCGCCAUGAUUAACUGCGAUACCAACGGCACCAGCUACAGUCUUGAGGACGACAUUUUUACGCUCACCCGUGACCAAGGCGCGCAGGCGGCGCUCCUGUACUCGCUGCAUUCACAGGUCCGUUUCAUCGUUCCGAGUAACCCGAGAGGAUGAAACGCUCAUCAGGAGGUUGUGACACAUACAGGGGUGCCUGAUGAACCAAGAGUACAUUCAAAACUUCUCCAAAGUUCUCGACGUAUACGCGACGACGACGGUAUCGGCGUCUCGCAUCAUUGAGAAUCAGUUCUUGUAAGUUCGGGGAAAGGUCAUAAGAGCAUACUGGCCGUCUCUGACAUAUCAGCCGCGUCGAUCCAAUGUGCAGCAAUCCGGGCAUUUCAACUUCGGCUUACAACUUUAAUGCCUCCCUGCUCAACGCUUCGGUAACGACGAUCGACUCUCUACUCAACAGCGUGUCGCUCUACGUCACGGGGAACGUGCCGACCAACGCGUCGCUGUCCACUUCAGACACGAUUGAAUCGGACAACUCGACCGAGGUGACGAAGACGUAUUCGAUCGACUCGACCGAUUUCACAGAUGCCACCGACUCGACGAGUUCCGCAACGUCCUCAGCGACAAGGGUUAGCAACAUCGAGUCCGAAAUCUUCCAGACCGCGAACUACACCGUGGGGGCCACCACUCAGCAGCUUCAAGCGGAACGGCGGCAGCGGAUGCACGUGCUGAAACGUGCGACCGCGACGAGGACGAGCUCGAUUGCGACUUCGACGGGUGCACCAAACUACCUCGCAGCGGUCAUGGCUGCGAGCAACAACACCGUCGGUGGGACUUCGGUCGCUCAACCCUCCGCCACGGUCACGCCUGCAGCAUCCAAGGGAGGCAGUGCCGGCACAAGCUUGGCCAUGAUUGUCAGUGCCAGCAGGCAUCAAUCGUGUGCGCACAGAAAAUACUGACCUACAAUACCGGUUCCGCCUUGACAGAUCCUCUACGCUAUCACAGGCAUCGUGUCGUUCAUGUUUUUCGUCGUGAUCCUGUCGGGGGCCAUCAGAGCAAUCCGACACCCUGAACGGUAUGGCCCUCGUGCGACGAUGUACAAUGACGACCAGGACGGUGGUGGAGGCGGUUACGCUCAAACGCGGACGCAGGGGCUGACGCGAGCCAUUCUUGACACGUUCCCUGUGGUCAAGUUUGGUCGUGGGCAGCACACUCCGGUCGAGACGGAAACGAGGGGUGAGCCGCAGGGUGAUGGCAGUUCCACUUCGCCCCACAAGGCUGUGGAGAUGGAAGCGGUGCGCAGCGCGCAGAGAGGGGAAGGGUCCAUUAGGCUAUCACCGCCGAUACAUCUCGCGGCCAUGACCAGGUCGGCGCCGGAGGAGAUCGAGACGCUUCCGUUAUCAGGUAGAAUUUCCACCUCAAGCGAUAGCCGCCAGACCUUGACCCAUCGACCGAGUAACGCUUCCGACAUGAGCUUCGUCUGCGCCAUGUCGUCCCCCGAGCCUGCUCCUUUAGCCGCUGUUCACACUUCGAUCCCCACAUCCCCGACCUCUCCCACAUCCCCGACCUCUCCCAUCCCGCCCGUCAACAGCAACGCCUUGACCUCGACUUCGGGACCUGUCGCCUUGCCCAUGUCGACGAACCUGGGGGAUGUCGAUGACAACACGACGUGCCCGGUGUGCUUGUGCGAGUUCGACGAAGGUGACGAUCUGCGUCUGCUGCCGUGCGAUGGCCGACAUCGCUUCCACUGCGAGUGCAUCGACCCCUGGCUGCUCAACGUCUCGUCGCAUUGCCCCUUGUGUCGCCUCGAUCUGAACGGAGCGAUCAGAGCCAAGAACGAGCACUCUCGAACCGAGGAAGAGACCGAGAUGGACGCGGAAGAGGUCGUACGCGCCAACUUACGCGCCAUGUUGCCGGCUCGACAUCGUUCGGAAUCUACGGCGAAUCCGUUGUUGGGGACGAGUGGAGGGUCGAAUUCGGCUGGAGGCGGGUCGUCAAUCUUGACGGCGAGCAAGUUCUUCAGAUAUGUCGCAAAGAAAAGACAGCAAGGGGGUGGUGCGGGGGAGGCGCCAGUUUCCCCGAUCUCGCCUUCGAAUGUCGAAAGGUUCGGACCGUUCUGA